UGACCUCAAGAACAAAAGUAACUACUCACAAAUCAUAAUCAUGCUCAAUAUCAGAGGGGUAUUAAAUAGCAUAUUUUGUCGCCACUGCCUCGGGUGCCUGCACCUCGUGCCCCCGCGGCACCGGCACCCAACUGUCGAGGAUCUUGCCGGCGUACGGUCGUUCGGAGCGCUUGAUGGCGACCUCCCGCCCGUCGGGCAGCUUCGCUCAGUAGAGCAGCCGCGGCCUCCCCUUGCCCAGCAGAGCAGCAGGGACAGCGGCGCGCAGGAGCUCCUCCAUGGCGCGCCCCCUGGUAGCGCGCGUUCGCCAGCCGCAUGCAGAGAAGAGUGGUCCUUCCUUCUUAGCCGUGGAGAGCAUCGAGCGCCAGCACCAAGCUGCCACCCGCCUCUCCAGUUCCCCGCCCCAUCCGGCGGUGCUGCCCUCCCCGCCGCUGUCGCACAACUCUGCGGCGGCGGCGGCGAAUGCGCGCUGGACGCCGACCAAGGAGCAGAUCGGCAUGCUGGAGGGGCUGUACCGGCAGGGGCUGCGCACCCCAACAGCCGAGCAGAUACAGCAGGUCACGGCGCGGCUGCAGAAGCACGUCCCCAUCGAGGGCAAGAACGUCUUCUACGGGUUUGGGUGCUGUAGUUACUUUUGUCCUCCCCAAGAUGGGAGAGUUGUUGGUGAUGAUGAUGACAAUGAUUUCCCCCUCCGGGAGGGAAGUUCCCCCGGCGGAAUCGCUCGACCGGAGGGCAAAAGUGCUCCUGCCCAAGUCCUGCCUCGAGACGGCGGUGCUUUGUCCCGAAAGCCCUCUCCUUAUUUUUUUAGGGCAAAAUGA